GGGUGCUUUGGUCAUGGAUUCUUUUCUGGGUAAUUUUCAGGAAGCCAUAUUUACAAUGAAUCCUGAAACCACACAGAUGGAGAUGCUCUUUUGCUCCACUGUGGUUGGGCUUCCUUUCUUGAUUCCACCCAUGCUUUUAACGGGAGAGCUGUUCACAGCCUGGAAUUCCUGCUCUCAGGUUGACACGAAGGAUAUUCUCUUCAUAUGCGGUGGUGCUUUUCUUGACUUAGAAAAGACAAUCUCAGAAAGGCGUCAAGAUUCUUCUAUAGUGUUUGGAGCCCGGGUACGUGCAAACAUGAGGGCUGGUGGUCUAACAAAUGCUGCUGUGACAUCAUCUCUACUAGAAUCAGCACUCAGACAUUGGUGAAGCUGAAUUUUCUAAAUUCCAUUCUGGUACCAAACGUGGCGAUAUUGUUGGUGUCACUGGAUUUCCAGGUUGGUUGGUUUUCAUUUAUGUUCUUCAAUUCUAGCUAGCAAAACUUUUCCUGUAUCUUAUCCUUUGGGUAUUGGCUGUACUUGCAUGUCAAAAUAUUGAUUUCUUCCUUUGUAAACAGUGACACUUGAGCUUUGUAGGAGAAAGUGGAUCACUGAUUAUGUUAGACUUUUGGUAUUUGCAAAGGAGUGGAAAGCAGCAGCAAUGUGUUCAAAGUCUUUUGAAUAAAAGUUCAUCUAUAUUGUGAUAAGCUAAAUAUUUUGUUUCCACAAGUGCGUAGCAUGGCUAAUGAUAUGUUGGAUGCAUGAGCCACCCAAAGUAUGGAUUUGGGAGUCUACUAGGGGGCAUCUAAGAAUGGUGAUUAAUGAACUUCCUCUCCCAGAAUGUGCGUGGUUUGGAGCAUAAAGAUAGGAUGCUAAUCCUUAUGACUGUUGGUCAGGGAAAGGAAAAUUGACGUGAUGAUGAUUUAGGAAAUGUAAUGGGUAAAAGAUCUGGUGAUAUGCUAAAAUUUCCAACAUUUGUGGUAGGAAAAUGAUUUUUUUUUUUUUUUUUGGGUAAUACUUGUAUGCUUUGAUGAAGUACCCAAGCAAAUCUCUAUCUUUUCUGUUGAUGCAAAUCAGGGUGGAAUUGGUCUGGCUGGCUUGUCUGCUGAGGAUCUAAUUGUCUGGCUGUCUUGGAAAAUGAUAGGAUCUAAUUGAUGCAAAUCUUUUCUGUUAUGAUCAUAUUGGAAAAUGAUCCUGCAAAUAUUUGGAAGGAUCCAAUAUGCAAAUCUUUUCUGUUAUGAUCAUAUCCAAGGGAGCUGCUCGCAUGUCUGGCUGUUUGCUUGUUUCUUUUUGCCAAUUGUCUUUAUUUGAUGGAAGUGGUCUUCAUGUAUGUAGGGUAGUUGUGCUACACCAAAAAUCAGGCCUUUCAAACUCUCGAGUGGGCUCCACCUGUUAGAUGGGCUACAAGAUGUCACUGCUCCUCAUCAAACGACUUCCGCCAAAGGUUGCUACUCUCAUUUGUUAGCAGUUACAGAGGCAUAAACUGUGUGCAUAGAUUUUUUAUGUGGGUUAGGGAUGGAUUGGUUUGUUGCAUGGAAGGGAAAAAAAGUUUGCAUUUGAGAUGGGUUUUCUGAAAAGAAAAAAGUUCUACACAUUGUUACUUGCUUCAUGAUUAUCAUUUCAUUGUGGUUAUACUAUAGUCGAUUCAUGAACUGUUGUUCAAUUUAAUAAUCUUUCUAUGCAUCCAUGUUGGAUAUGAUGUGCUAAAAAAACACUUGGCUCAUAUACUACCUUCAUUUCUUCUGUGAAGAUUCCACAACAAGCAAUUGGGGCAACCAUCAAGCAUCACAUUUGCCAAAAAAAUGGGUCUAAUGUAAGUUCUAAUAGUCCAAAUACCCACCCUUGUGACUUUGGUGCUGCUUAUUAUAAGAAUAUUAUAUGACAUGGUUUUGCGUCAUGUGAAAUCAUGCUUCUAUCACAGUGAACAUUGUUAGUUUUUUUUUUUUCCUCGUGAAAUUGAAAG